CCGCAGCGCUGUCGUGGCGCUGCCGGUGAAUGAGGCGGGUGGUGGAGAGGCCGCCGGGUCGUGUUCGGCUCUCUUUUCUGGCGUGGCCGUCCCGCUCCUCACCCUCCUCCUCCCGGCCCUCCCUCGGCAGCUCCGGGCACAGCCAUGCGGCGCGCGGGGCUGGGUGAGGGAGCACCAUCUGGUAACUAUGGCUAUACUAACAGUGGGUACAGUGUAUAUGAAGAAGAAAAUGAAAGGUUAACAGAAAGCCUGCGCACUAAAGUCAGUGCAAUAAAAUCACUUUCUAUUGAAAUUGGAACAGAAGUUAAAAACCAAAACAAAUUGUUAUCAGAAAUGGAUAAUGAUUUUGACUCUGCGACUGGACUUCUAGGUGCGACCAUGGGCAGACUGAGAAUGCUGUCCAGAGGGAGCCAGACAAAACUAUUAUGCUAUAUGAUGCUCUUUGCAUUGUUUGUUUUUUUUGUAACGUAUUGGAUUAUUAAACUGAGGUGAUGCACGUUGUCUUAAGUUUAAAUUGUGUAAUUUCAACCAUCAAACAGUCUUAAUUAAUGAAGACAUUGAUCUAAACUGCCAUAUUCUGUUGAGAAAACAAUGAAAUUAUUGUAAAUUGCAUUAGUACUUAAUGCAAUGUUGUAUACAGUUUUCUUGAUGUAUUGAAAUUUCUCCCAUUGUCCCCUGUUUUGGGGGGAUUAUUUAUAAAUACACAGAAACUGCUAGCACUCUAGGUUGCUUCUUUUUAGAAUAAAAGAGUUUAUCGAACUGAUUAAUAAAAAUACAACAAGAAUCAAAUCCUCCAAAACCAAAGGUUGUUCGUGAAAUAAUUGCAGAAUUACAAGGCCUUCACUUUCAUUUUGCUUUUCAAUCUGAGCCAUGCUCUAAAUUAGAGCUCCAGUUUCAGGCCUGUAAUAACUUCUAGGUUGCAAAAGCAUGAACAAUACUUGGGUCUUUCGAAAUUGGUUUUAUCUGUGGAUUUUUGAAAGGUUGGCCUGAGGGUAACAAAUGUAAUAGUGGUGCCCCCUAAAAGUGAUUUUUGUGAUGCCUAGAUUGAUAGGUUUAACAGUCUACAUGUUUAAGUAGCUUACACGUUUUGUUUGGGGGAGAAGUUACUUAAAACUGGGAUCUUCCUUUUAAAUGUGACAAACGAUGCUUGCAUAUCUGUUCUUUUAAGCAAAUGCCUUUGAUCAUUUGGAUCAACAAAUUUGGACACAGUACAAAUGUGUCCUUUACAUUUAAAGUAUCCAAAACUUAAUGAUUCCAUUGAAUCACUGGAACUUUUACCAUUAGCUCAUCUACAUUUCAUUCCGUGAUGAGUCCUAAAUGUACUCUGCACGAUGUUUGAAUAUGAGAUUGAAUGUUUCAGAUUUUAUAUUGAAGUAUGUCUUUAUCAUGAAGCACCUGUUGGAGGCGCUGUCAUAUUAAGGUUUUUACUUUUAACACUUUGCUUUAACUCACAAGGCAGUUUCUCAUAGUUGAAACUAUCACAUCGCUGGGUUCAACAUUCAGAAGAAUGCUGUUUUCUAGAUCUUGAAAUUGUAUCUGCGUUUUAAAAAUAUUUUUUUCUAGAAAUACUGUAUAACAUACUGCCAUUAAUAAGUUAAUUAUGAGCUGACAAAUAAAGUGUCCUGGAGUAUUCUUGUUGUUUGUGUACAUACUUUCCUGCUGUAGAAUGGCAUUUUUUUUUCGAAACUGUGCAGCAGGUCAGCAACUAGACUUGUGUGGUGGUGAGCACUACUGAGAUAAAUGGAGGUGGAGGCUACGUUUUUCAUGUUCAUUUUCAUAUAUAACAGAAAUAUCACAUCUAAAUCACAUUCCGUAGAAUGUCUUUUAUAAAAGUAAGUAAAAUGCAAUUGUCUCUAGCCUAUUUAAUUCUGGACUGUUAAAAGGUCUACAAAUAACACAACAUAUAAAUACUAAUACCAGGAUAAUACAUCUUAUAUGAGAAUUGCUAGGCUUGCUAAACAAACACAAUAUUCUCAGAGCUAGUCAAUAGGCUAUAGUUUGCCAUUCCAAACUGAGAGAAUGUAAGGAUGCCUAGCAUGUAGGGUAAUAGUUAUUGACAUAACUUUGACAACCACGCUCCCAUGAUAUUUGGUCAUCGUUUAGAAAACGUUUAAUCUUCGUCUCAUGUGGUGUCUGAGCAAUUCCUAGGCAUUUCUUUCUUACUAACCAAUCUGUCUUACCAAUAAAUUGAAGUAGUAUUUACCUGCAUAAUAUAAAGUAGAAAAUAGGUAGAUGCACCUAGUUACACAGCUGAGGUGUUUCCUGUAUUUGUUCUGAACAAUAUGCUGUGGUUUCACUUGACAGAGCACUUUGGUAAAAAAAACUUUUACUUGUCCUUCAGUUCAUGUGUAAAACCACCAGGAAUUUUGUUUUAAAAGUUAAACCAGAUUAAAAGGUAAAUUGUACAGAGUAGGAUCCCUCUCCCUCCUUUCCUUCUUUUCUUCGAUGAUGUGAGACUGAGGGAGAAGGAAUAGGAAAAAAAAAAUGUGAAACUUAUGUCUUCCUUUCUUUGUUUCUUCCUUUAAAGACGAUUGUGUCAUUCUCUACAUUUUUACAAAUAAAAUUUGUAGAAUAAAAUACAAGAUGAAUACAAUAUAAAAAUUGUAGCAGCACUGACUGUACAUGUUGCAGUUGCUUUUGUGUGCGUAAUUUUUACAGAAUAUAUGUUGUUUCUCAAUUUAAUGUAACUUAGAUUCUACCUAGCAGCUAUACAGAUUGUUUCCAGGAAGGAAAUAAAAUCUUUUAAUUGUC